AUGCGUCUCGUUCUUACGAUGCCGGAUCCGUUUCGUGUUCUCCAACCACCAAGGCGUCUUUGGAUGCUUUUUUACCCAGUAAGAACAGCAACAGUGCUGCUGGCGAAUCUAGAGGAAGGAUGCAGACAUUCUCGCAAAAUCGCAAGUGAACGCGGAUGUUUGGCUAUCAGAAAUGACGUCCGAUGCACAGAGCCGCUCCAUCUUUUUUUGCGCAGUCAUUCGGCGUUUGGUAGGUCGGCCAUUCAGUGGAGUUUGGUAGAUCGGCCAUUCAGUGGAGCUUGGCGUUCGGUGCAAUUUUGUAUAUGCUUGGCUGGCGAAUGGUUCAAGUGGAACUGCCAAGUUCUCGCAGUCGGCGGUCCGCUGGUCUGCUGGUCAUUCUUGAGACAUUGCCAAAUUGCUUCGGAUCCGCGAUCAUGUGUCCUGCUGGAAUUGAUACGAUUGCACAACGCCCGGCGGUCUACGCGCAGCGGAUGUUGGCCAAAUCGCCAUUCUCUUGCUCUCUCCCUACAUUUCGACGAUUUAACCACUGCUUUGAAGCACGCGACGUUGAACACCGUCCUCUGA